AUGCUCGACCUCACGCUAUCUGCAUCUUCUUCGCUAGAGCUUCGCGGCAAAAUCGAGGCUCUUGACCGGUUCCAGCGCAUCCUCACAGCUCACAAAGACGACAUUUUACAUGUCAUGCCCAGCAAGGCAGAUCCGGUAGACCCGCCGCCCAAGCUUGUCGGCUCGAUUCUGCGCUUUGUCUGCCUUAUGUGUGGUAUGGAGGAGGAGGAGGCUCAACGCUACUGGGAGCUCCUCCGCGAGGCGAUCUGGCAUUGCCCAAAGGAUCUCCAUGAUGAGGCGCUCUCUGAUCUGUAUCGUAGAUUCAAGAACCUCACCGCCCGAGCGGAGAUCAUACUGUGGCCGCCACUCCCAAAUCACCGUUGCUUGACCUCGGGUUGUCACCGUCAGCAGACGGCUAUGCUCACGAAGACAGAGAAUACCGACGUCCUCAUAUUCACGUCCAAGGGCACUAUCCCUUCUGUUGCUGUACAACUGACAUGUGACCACUGCGGUGUUAAUUAUCGCCACGACUACUACGUCAAGGAACAGAAGCGCUACUACUACAGUGCUGAGCAGCGCGCUCACGGCACUGAUCAAUAUGUUCAAGUUGGAGAGCAUCACUUUGUCGAGAGAGAUCUCUGCGAAGCGUGGACACUCUCAAUGCUCAACGCAUGGGUCUCAAACUCGAACAUUGCCGCCCAAUACAACCAAAUGCUGCCUUUCCUUGAACGCAGUCAUAAGCAUCGGUAUCAAUACGACUACGUUUGGCGUAAGUUCAUGCGCCCCGAGCACGUAUGGACCGCGUUUGCAGUUCAUGCCCUCCUCCAACACCACGAUAGGCAUGGUUCAACUCUGGUUGUACCUCACGGAGGGCUACAAGAUGUUCGCUUCAAAGCCGCAAUGGAGGCUCGCAGUACUCACAUACAAGAGCAUGGCCAGGAGGAACUGAUGCACUUUUGCGACAAGUGUUGUCGGCAGUACGUUGCUGAGGACGGAACAACAAAGCGCGUCUGGUGUGUCGUUGUUGACGGCCUGACCCUCGGCCGGCCCUGUUGUAGCGCACAUAUCAAUGGUGCUCCUUGCACCGAGCCUUUGGGUCAGCGCAACGAUCAUUUCUGCAGAACCCACCAUGAUCUUCAUGAUGUCUGCCGCGUGCGAGGAUGCAACUCGCAAAUACGCCCUGGUGCUCUCACUUGUGCGGAUCCUGGCCACGCGGCAACCGAACAAGCGCACAAGGAACGCAACACCGCCAGCUUCAGGCUGAAGGAGAGAGUGAAUCGGAUUCGGGAGGCCAAUGCAAUGUCAGGGCUUGGCGUUGAGCUUGAUCUGACAGCCGUCGAGGGUUUGGAUGCGCUAGAUGAAGACCAGGACGUGUUACUUGAAGUUUCAGUUGAGCGUCCGCCUGGGUCGGUGUCAUCUACAGCUCAGCCGCUUCAUGGGCGGCCACGAUCAAACUCCGCACCGACUGCAGCUCCUAAGGUCAAGAUAACCGCUCAACUGUCGCGUCGCCGUACUCACAAUGAGCAACUGGCUGUCUACCCUUGCGGUAUGAUAGCUGGCCGCGCAACCUUCUUCUUUGCUGAGUCAAUAACUGCUUGUGCGAUUUUCUUGAAGCGUCUGUACCUGACCGCCGCAAAGCCCGAUCAUCUGGCCUAUGACACGAACUGCAAGCUAUCCUGGCACGUCCGAAAUGAUCCUUGGUUCGACAGCAUAGGCCUGUCAGUUGACGUCUUUCACUUCAACUCUAAGCACUCCGAAGAGGACCGCUGGUGCCGCGAACAUUGCGAUCCAAACAACUGGCCAGAGCUCAAGACCGACGAUGGCGGCUACUUUUUCAACACAUCUAUAGCGGAGCAGACAAAUUCGUGGCUAGGUCGCUACCACAGUAUGUGUCGAGAGAUGCUUCCUUUCCGAUACGACUUCUUUCUGGAUGAGAUGAUCCGCCGCCGCAAUAUCGUUACCAAAGAGAAGUUGACCCGAGAUGGGCUGCACCCCUGGUACUUUAGUGCUGACGGUCGUCCAGCUCAGAUUUAG